AAGCACAGACCACCUCUAGUGGCGACCUAUCGACUAGUCGAUAUUUUUCAGUCUCGGGUGCCAAGGAGAAUUGCGGAAAUAAUUGCGGAUAAACCCGAGAUUGCUGCUGAAUCAUGAAGCGAGCGCGUCAGCCGAAGAUCACCACCCAGGCCCUGCUCGAUUUUGACCUAGGCGAGAGUUCCUCGGACAGUGAUUUCCUGCCGGACAUCGACAAUUGCUCGGACGGUUCGAAGGACGAGAGCGAUGGCGACGCCAGCAGCGACGCGAGCAGCAGCUCGGAUUCUGGGUCGGAUUCGGAUGCAGAGAGCGAGGACUCGACGCUACAGCUGCGCCAAUUGCUGGCCGAAACGGAGCCGUCGCCCAUGGCGAACGGGAUCAACGGAGUAGACCACGAAGGAGCACCUGCACUAGGUGGGGGCGUCAUUCGACCCCCGCUUCAGCUAUCCAGUGCUCCGGCCAAGCGGAUGUGCUGCGUCUGCCUGGGCGAGCGAAGCGACGACGUCAACGAAAUCGUGGAGUGCGACUCCUGCGGCGUGUCAGUGCACGAGGGAUGCUACGGCGUCAGUGACAACGUGAGCAUUUCCAGUACCAACUCCACCUGCUCCACGGAACCGUGGUUCUGCGAGGCCUGUCGCGCAGGAGUCUCGGAGCCUGACUGCGAGCUGUGCCCCAACAAAGGCGGCAUCUACAAGGAGACUGAUGUGGGCAAGUGGGUGCACCUGAUCUGCGCCCUGUAUGUACCCGGCGUGGCCUUCGGCGAAGUGGAGCAGCUGUCAUCGGUGACGCUGUUCGAGAUGCAGUACAGCAAGUGGGGCGCCAAGGUCUGUUCGCUCUGUGAGAAUUCUCUGUUCGCUCGAUCAGGUGUUUGCAUUGGCUGCGAUGCAGGCAUGUGCAAGACCUACUUCCACGUGACCUGCGCCCAGGUGGCCGGCUUCCUCAUCGAGGCGCACCACGAAGACGAUGCUGCCGAUCCCUUCUACGCUCACUGCAAGGUCCACUCCGAGAAGGAAAUGAUUAAGAAGCGGCGACGCAACUACCAUACAUUACGGCUCAACAUGUUCCAGCGGGCCAGGGAAAAGGAGGCAACAUCUGGCGACACCGAGGCCUCGACCCCUCAUCCGAAUCCAGCCCAGGCGCGCAUUCAGCGCAAACUUCUCAAGAUCCAGCACAAGUACGCCCGGCACAAGGAGCUUAAGCCGACGCCGUGGGUGCCGACUCAGAAAAUGUCUCGCCUUCUGACCACUUCGGCCUCGGCCUGCCGUCGCCUGUUGGCCAAGGCAGAGAUCAUGUCCGUGGAUGUGCAGCAUCUGGAGCAGAGAGAGGCGCAUAUCAACGCAUUGACAGACAUCCGGAAAAAGUGGCACAUUGCGCCAGCGUUCAGUGUUGAGUUCACUGCCUACUACAUGGACCGCAUAGUUCGAAUGGAGGACUUUCGGCUGCAGCAGCGGCAGCUUAUCUCGCACAAUGCUGUGCUGUCUAAGGACCAAGACGUACUAAGGGCUCAAUAUGACACUGCUUUGGAGGAGCGCAAGGCGGUGAAGGCCACUAAGGAUUCCCUACUAACAAGCAUUAAGAGUUUGCACUCUACUCUGGCGCAAAUUGCACCCAAUAUGACUUUACCCAGCGUGGAGCUCAUAGCACGUCCACUGCCCGAGGCGCCGCCCAAGACGAGCACACCCACUCCACCCCAGCGACCCAUCUCGGUGCCCACAGCAGCUGCCUUGAAAAUGGGCGUGGGCUUUCCGUUGGGCCACCUGGGUCCGCCGGGCAGUAAACUUGACUCUUCGCGCAUGCUCAGCACUCAGGCGAAACAGGGAAAGCACAGCAGUUCUUCGACUACCGUGGAUGCCGCCCCUUCGGUGGCUUGCGGCAUCUGCAAGCGGAGCAAGGAUCAGCACUUGCUGGUCAAAUGCGACACCUGCAACCUGCACUACCAUCUGGGCUGCCUGAAUCCGCCGCUUACGCGUCCGCCAAAGAAAUCCAAGCUGUAUGGCUGGCAGUGCUCUGAGUGUUGCGACAAGUCGGAAGGUUCAGAUGCCGUCACGGAGAUCUCCUCGGGCCCAAGAAAGUCCCGCACUCGCUUCAACAAGGAUGGCCACCUGGUCUAUGUGGAUCGAUAUUCGCUGGACGAUGUACCAGUUGCCGCUGCCUUCGGUUCCAAGGAGGUGCCGGCCAAGCGGGCGCUGAACAAAUCCCUGCCAGCCACUGCCUCAGAGUUUAUCGAGGAUCUGACGAAGUCGCCGAAACGUUCAAAACUGCAAUCGCCUUGUAAAACACCUACCAAAGUUCCUACUGCUAAUGCCACGCCCACCCCAGCGGCUGUUCCUGCGUUGCCCACGCCCAAUGCUGGCACUUUGAAUCUAUCCGGCUGCGAGGACUCCAUCGACGACUCCAGCGGAAAACUAUCCCGCAAGGGGAAACGCAAGGACAAGCACAAGAACAAGCACAACCUGUCUUCGGAUACGGAGAAAUCCAUCGGCAAGGAGCACAAGCGGAAGAGAAAAAAGCGAGCACAUCUCGAUGAGUCGUCGUCUCACCUAGACAACGUGGCCAACUCUUCGGGCAGCACCAUCAAGAUCAUCUUCAAGGCCCUGCGAUUGCCGGGCGAGGAUGCGCCUGAGUCUCAGUACUUUUACGUGCCGGCCAAUGCUGUGCGCUCUGUGGACGAGGCUUCGCGUCCCACUUCGGUCGAAACUGUGGAGGACAGUGUCCAGGGAGCGGAGCAGGCCUUGGCCCCCAUUGUGCUGCCGGCAACGUCGCCGCAAAAGGUUCGGGAGCCCAAGGAGGCGCCUGUCACUCCCGCCAUCGUCACUGCCACCGCCACCCCGUCGCCCAAGCGGAAGGUCAGCCCGCGAAAGCCAAGUCCCCGGAAGCCGCGCGUGGGACGCCCUCGAGUGUCCAACACCAAGCCGAAUGUGGAGAUUAGCUGCUGCGUGUGCAGCCAGACUGGGAAGUCCAACCAGGUAGUGACCUGCGACGAGUGCCACCGGCACUACCACUUUGCCUGCCUGGAUCCGCCGCUCAAGAAAUCUCCCAAGAUACGCGGCUACUCCUGGCACUGCGCCGACUGCGAUCCCACGGACGAGGAUGCACUGCCCAAGAAAUAGAAACUAAUACUACUUAGCAUAGGUUUUUUACUAUUUUAAGACAAAAUAUCUUGAUAGACCUUGCGAUAUUUACAACAGAUAAAAUUGAAUGUAACACAAACAAUUUCUCAAAUAUUAUAAUAAAAAACAUUAAAGAAUUAUUAAUUUGUGAA